AUGUCCAAACUACAAGUUCUGCAGCCAGUUGGCGUGCCCAAAGGCACUCCAGCAUUCGAAGAGAAGCGCGAGAAAGUCAUCGCGGAGCUCAAUGCUUCGAUCCCAGAAGCCUUCCAUCUCCCCGAAUCAUUCUUCCAAAACCCACCACUCAACGUGACCUCUGUCCCAUCGACCUGUGGAAUUCUGAGUCCAGCAGAGAUUAUCAUUACCGAACACUACGAUGCUUCCGGUCUGGCAGAAGCGAUUGCUCAAAAGCAAUUCUCAGCGGUAGCUGUCGCCACGGCAUUUUGCAAGCGAGCUGCUAUUGCUCAUCAGCUCACGUGCUGUCUGACACAAUACUUCAUGGACGAAGCCAUCGAACGUGCGAAGUAUCUGGAUGAAUAUCUGGAGAAAAAUGGCAAGACGGUGGGUCCUCUGCAUGGCGUGCCAGUUAGUGUCAAAGAGCAUAUGGCUGUCGCGGGACAUUGGUCGAGUUUUGGAUAUUUCAGUACGAGGAAACUUGAUGAUAAAGACUCGUUGAUGAUUCAGACGUUGAGAGCGGCAGGAGCGGUGUUUUAUGUCAAAACUAAUCAGCCGCAAGGUAUUAUGCAUUUGGAGAGCGAUGGUUGGAUUGGAAGGGUGAAUAAUCCUUACAAUAUUAACCUCUCGUCCGGUGGAAGUACGGGAGGUGAGAGUGCUUUGAUCGCGCUCAAGGCCAGUCCACUGGGGCUUGGAACUGACAUCGGAGGCUCCGUUCGCGGCCCCUCGGCCUUUUGUGGUAUUUUCGGCUUCAAGCCCACCUCUUACACCAUCACAAUGAAAGACUUCCUGCCCGACGGAUUUCCCGCCGAGCUCAACGUGCUCUGCUCGACUGGUCCCAUGGCCCGUUCUCUUCGCGACGUCGAACUAUACAUGAAAGUGAUGGUAGACAGCAAACAGUACCUCCACGACCCUCGUAUUAUCCCCAUUCCGUGGACCGGUCUCCAGACACCACGAUCCAAUGAACCCGUCAAGAUCGGCUUGAUGAUGACCGACGGAGUCAUCACGCCUCAACCUCCCGUGCUUCAAGCGUUAGAAUGGGCCAAAUCUUGCCUCCUCAAAUCCUCUGACAAGUUUGUCGUGAAACCCUUUUUGCCAUACGACGCUGCUCUCGCAAUGAAGCACAUCGGUGUCAUGUACUGGCCCGAUGUGGCGUUGAACACCAAAAAGGCCCUGGCCGCAACAGGCGAGCCCAUCCACCCUCUGACCAAGACCGUCCUCUCCACGGUGACUAGCACCUGGGAUGACCCCAAUGGACCAGAGAAAGAGAAGACGGCCACCGAGAUCUCACAGAUGCGAGUCGCUCGCGACCAGUACCGUUGCGACUUUGUGGAGAAGUGGAAUGAGCAAGACGUCGACGUCGUUCUCGCACCUUGUUAUGUGGGGCCAGCGAGUAAGCACGAUACCGCGUAUUACUGGAAUUACACUGCUUUGUGGAACUUUGUGGACUAUCCUUCUAUUGUUCUGCCAACGCCAGUCACUGUGCAGGAGAAGACUCCGUAUGCGGGUGAGUGGAAAGCUUUGAGCGAAAAGGAUGCCCAUGUCAAGGAGAUGUGGGAUGAAGGUGGGUUUGAGGGAGCACCGAUCAAUUUGCAGGUGAUUGGAAGGAAGUAUCAUGAUAAUCAGAUGAUCGGUAUUGUGGGAGAGUUGCAGAAGGUCUUGGGUUUUGCUUAA